AUGUAUGCUGUGUCUAUUAGUGAUGAGGGUGACUGUUACCGGUGUUUCCCGCCCGAUCCGGGCAUUGAGACUGCUGCUCUAGGUCCUGGUGAGGCUGCUGCCCUAGGUGCUUGCGACGCUGCUGCUCUAGGUGCUCGUGUGUCUGCGUCCUCAGGUACUGGUGAGUCUGCGCUCUCAGGUACUGCGUCGGCUUCGGCCUCCCUCACCUUCACCCUUGACUCGGGGGCGUCUCGCUCCUUCUUUCGGGACCGCACCACACUCACACCGCUGAGUCGACCGGUUGCAGUGUCUCUGGCUGACCCCUCUGGGGGUCCUGUCCUGUCUCGCUUCUCCACAGUCCUCCCGUGUCCGGCGGCUCCCUCUGGCACCCUGUCUGGUCUCUACCUCCCCUCGUUCUCUACGAACCUGGUGAGUGGUGCUGACCUACUUGAUGCGGGGGUCCACCAGUUCACUCCUGCACGUCAGAGAGUGACCCACUGUACAGAGGCUGGCACAGGCCGACACCUGGCUACGUUCACCCGUCAGCCGGGGUCGAGCCUGUACACUCUGACCACUGCGUCUCCUCCAGUUGCUGAGUCUGGUAGGGUAGUUACGUCGGGUCAGGUGUUUGCUGCGGCGUCCAGGUCUGGUCCUGAGUCUGCCCCCUGUUCGUAUCGUCUCCUGUCUCACGAGACUCUCCUCUGGCACCACCGCCUUGGCCACCCCUCUCUGCUUCGGCUCAGAGGUAUGGCCUCCCGUCUUCUUGUGUCCGGUCUCCCCCGGUCCCUCCCUCCCCUUCCUCAGGGCCCUGGCCCUGCCUGUGUCCCCUGUGUCGAGGGGCGCCUGCGUGCUGCCCCUCACUCCUCCCAGUUUCCUCCGACAGAGGCCCCGUUGCAGACACUUCACAUGGACGUGUGGGGCCCAGCCCGCGUCCGUGGACAGGGUCACGAGCGCUACUUCCUGCUCGUUGUUGACGACUACUCGCGUUACACCAUAGUCUUCCCCUUGCGCAGCAAGGGUGAUGUCACUGAGGUGCUGAUCGACUGGAUCCGCGCAGCUCGUCUCCAGCUCAGGCAGAGCUUCGGCUCGGACUUUCCUGUUCUGCGUCUGCACUCGGACAGAGGCGGAGAGUUCUCCUCUGGCCUUCUGCGUGCCUACUGUCGUGCACGGGGUAUCCGUCAGACCUUCACGCUUCCGGACUCACCGCAGCAAAAUGGGAUUGCUGAGCGCCGCAUUGGCAUGGUCAUGGACGUCGCUCGUACGUCUAUGAUGCAUGCGGCUGCCCCCCAUUUUCUGUGGCCGUUUGCGGUUCGGUACGCGGCGCAUCAGAUCAACCUCCACCCCAGGGUCUCUAGGCCGGAGACCUCCCCAGCCCUGCUGUGGACGGGGAAGGUUGGCGAUGCGUCGGCGUUCCGGGUCUGGGGAUCUCGGGCGUUUGUCCGCGACCUGUCUGCGGACAAACUAUCCCCUCGUGCUGCUCCUUGCGUCUUCCUGGGGUUCCCCCCUGACGCGCCUGGGUGGCAGUUUUACCACCCCACCUCUCGCCGUGUUCUGUCCUCCCAGGACGUCACGUUUGACGAGUCGGUCCCCUACUACCGCCUCUUCCCCUACCGCACUCCGUCCCUCCCCCCACCCCCACUCUUCCUGGUACCAGGUCCCCCCCAGGUAGACCCCCUCCCCCCUCAGGGUCCAGCCCCUUCAGGUGUGUCCCAGGUAGACGCGGUCGAGCCUGUCGAGGUCACUGGUGACUCUGGUGCUGCUGAGGGUGCUGAGGCUGGGGGUGCUGUACCUGGGGGUGCGGAGCCUAGGGGUGCUGGGCCUGGGGGUGCUACGUCUGGGGGUGCUGAGCCUGGGGCCUAG